AUGUUGAUUAGUCAAAAAACACCAAAUCUAUGUUUUACUGAUAAAUCGUCAACAAUGAAUUUAUCAAGUCAAUUAAACAAUCCAAUUAUUUUCAAUGCGAACAAUACAGAAUCACAAGAUAAACAUCAUCAUCAUCCGCAUCAUCGUCAACAUCAUCGUCAGCAUCAUGACGCUGAUGCUGAUGACGAUGAUGAUGAUGAUGAUGCGGAUGCCGAUAACGGCGAUGGCGAUGACGCUGAUGAAGAUGAAUUGAAAUCAUUCAACAUUGACAACUCACAUCAGUCGAAUUUUCUAAUCAAUCGUACUAGACAUAGUUCCGGUGAAUCAUCGAUCACUUCGAAAUCCCCUGUAUCACCAAUAGUACUAUCAUCAUCUGUAACACCGAAUAGAUCAAUGUUUAAAUCUCCUCCUCCUCCUCCUCCUCCACCACCACCUCCACAUCCGGCUGCACUACCACAGUCAUCAUCAUUUCUAUCACCCCCAACAUCAUUGUCAUUUCCAUUUCCUACUAUUCUUCCGCCAUCCAUAUCAAAUUCAUCAUCAUCAUUACACGAUGACGACACUAUGACAUCAUCAUUCUAUUCCUCAUUAAUGAAAAAAAUCAAUCCAGAACAAUUACAUCAUCUCAUGAAAAUGUUGCAGGAAACAAUGUCAACUAGUUCAUCAUCAUUAUCGUCAUCAUCAUCAUCAUCAUCAUCAUCAUCUACAUCGAUCUCAACCACCACAACCACCACAACAACACCAUCAACCACAGCAUUCAUGAAUUCUACAUUCAAUUCAAUGUUCACUGGUUCAAUGUUCAAUAAGCAGCCAUCUUCUUCCAUAUCAAUGAAUUUAUUCAAUAGCAAUAAUGUUGUUGGCAAUCAUCAUGAUGUAUACAAUCCUAUGAUGAAUGAUUAUCAUUUACUACAAGAGGAUUAUUCACAUUGUUGUAAUCGUAAUAAUCAACAACAGUAUUAUGGUGAUUUACGAGAUUAUUUGAAUUAUCCAACUCAUUGGUCAGAUAAUAGUAAUAGUAAUAAUAAUAAUAAUGUACUACUUAUGAUGUUAAUGAUGAUGUUGAUGAAACGAAACAUUGACUCGUUGACAUCAACACCAACACCACCACAGUGCUUCACGUCAUCAUCACCCUCGACAUCAUCAUCCUUGAUGACAACCAUGUCACCAUCCUCAUCGUCAUCAACAACAACGACAACACCAACAACAGCAGGUGUAAUCAAUCAACCAGUAGAUAACCAUGAUAAAUCAAAUCGACAUUGUUAUUAUCCUACAUUGCAUAGUGGAAAUUAUGCCAACAACACUACUGCUUGUGAUGAUGAUGCUGAUGAUGAUCGUGUCUGGCGAAAAUCUUUCAAAUGUUGUCAUACAAUCAAUAAUGAUCACAGUGAUGAUGGAGGUGAUGAUGAUCAUCAUCAUGGAGAUAAUUUGAAACACAAAUUGCAUUCAUUCAAUCUAAUUGCGGAGAAAUUAAAUUUUCGUGAUAGUAGCGAUUCAAAUACUACUAGUAAAACUACUACUAUCAAUAGUAGUAGUAGUAGUUGUUGUGGUAGCAACAAGAAUACUAAUACUACUUAUAAUCAUAAUCAUAAUACUAAUCAUAGUAAUACAUAUCAAUCAUCGAAUUCAUUAGUGAUGAAUGAUUUAUUACUAAAUGAAGCAUCCAGUCAAGGUGAUUCAUUGAUUCAACGAACUGAAUUGUUAGACUCUGAUCUGUGGAAACAUUUUCAUAGUAUGACUACUGAAAUGGUGAUUACUAAAUCAGGACGUCGAAUGUUUCCAUCAUUCAAAGUUCGUGUCACUGGUUUAGAUAGAAAUGCCAAAUAUAUUAUGCUAUUAGAUAUUGUAUCACGUGAUGAACAUCGUUAUAAAUUUCAAAAUGGUAAAUGGACAAUUGCUGGAAAAGCUGAUCCGGAACCAUGUCGUAAACCGUAUAUUCAUCCUGAUAGUCCAACAACCGGUGAAGAAUGGAUGCAUAAACCAAUUUCAUUUCAUAAAUUAAAAUUAACUAAUAAUGUAGCUGAAAGACAAUCAUUUCAAGCUGUGCUCAAUUCAAUGCAUAAAUAUAUACCAAGAUUUCAUAUUGUCCGCGCUGAUCAUUUAAACAAAAUCAAUAUGGCGAAUUUCGUUACAUUUAUUUUUGAUGAAACAGAAUUCAUUGCUGUCACUGCUUAUCAGAAUGAACGAAUUACUCAAUUGAAAAUUGAUAAUAAUCCAUUUGCUAAAGGAUUUCGAGAUAAUGGUAGUGGACGUCGUGAAAAGAAAAGUUUACGAUUACGUUAUAAACAAUCAAUCAAUCCGAUGGAUACUUGUCAAAAUUUAAAUCAUUUACAAAAUGAUCUAUUGAAAAAAUAUUCCAUUCAGUUAAACGAACCAUAUGAUCAUCAUGUUCAAUGUUCAAUUUCCAAUUCAAUCUAUCAUUCAUCAUGUACUACAACAAAUCGAUUGUUACAUCACAAUAACAAUACUACUAAUGAAUUCAAUGUCAAAUGUUCAUCAUCAUCCUCGUUAUCAUCAUCAUCAACCUCUUCAUGUUGUUCUUCGACUAGCAGCUAUUCAACAUCUAUUCACAUGACAUCUUCAUCAAUGACGUCAACAACAAAUCCAUUGUUGUUCAAUGGAUUGCCUACCAAAUCAUUAUCGUUUUAUGGAACAGAUCAAUUGUCAUCAUAUUCAAUACAGAAUUUAAAUAAUUGUAAUAAUAAUAGUAAUAAAUCAACUGACUCACCACCACCACUAUUAUCAUCAUACACAUCAUCAGUAUCAUCAGUUCAUAAUUUGUCGAUCGAUAAAUUAUCUGCUACAAAAGAUCAUUUCACAACUUCUCUGUCAUCAUCAUCAUCAUCAUCGUCAUCCUCAUUAACUUAUCCUCUUUGUUCCACUACUACUACUACUACUACUACUACUACUACUACUACUACUACUACUACUACUACUACUACUACUACUACUACUACUACUACUACUACUACUACUACUACUACUACUACUACUAUCCACACUACUGCUGCUGCUACUAGUACUACUAAUAGAACCACUACUACUAUAACUACCACUAAUAAUCAUAUUAAUAAUAUCCAUUAG